CCGCGCCUUUUCGAUCCCUCUCCCCAAAACAUCUCCCCUCCCAGCGUGUGGAAUUGGCCCUUCUUCCCUUCCUCCGAUAAUCCAUUGCAGCAUGAAAUAAACGCACACUUCAAAAAGACAAAGUCAUCCAGAUACUAUCCGGACCCUUCCCCCCCUCCGUUCCAGAAUGGCCAAAGGAGCCCCCGCCGCCUCGUCCCCUCCUCCGACCGCGACGCCUCCAUCCUCCCGGGCGCUGAAACGAACCACCUCCAGCACGCAGAACAUGAAGAGCCAGAAGUCCAUCCUCGGAUUCUUCCAGAAGUCAUCGCCCUCGACCCCGUCGACGGCUCGCAAGGUCGUCGAGCCCGCCUCCUCGCCCGCCGAACGGGCUUCCAUCCAGCGCGCGGGAGCCAACACCACCACCAGCAGUACCGAGAAGAAGAAGCCGCUGCAGCCGCAGCACCGUGUGCCCCAUUUCAAGCAGGACUUGACGCCGGUGCCUAGUAGUGAUCUCGUGAUACCUGACGAGGACGAUGAUGAGAGACAAGAGCAAAAUGCGGUGCAGAUGCAGGCUGGUGGUGUUGAUGAGCAGCAGAUGUUCACGUCUCCGUCGCGUCGGGUAAGAGAUUCUUAGAACUCGGUACUUGGGGCGUACAGAUGUGCUGACGGAUGUGAUGUUGCUCAAGGCUAGGAAGAAGGUCAAUUAUCUUGAAUCGGAUU